AUGAAUAUCUUCCGGGGAAAUCACAGACUGCCUGAGUGUCGAAAGCAGACAGUGGAACUUCUGGAGGAAACAGCUGAAUCACAGCCAUUCCUAGAAGCAGACUGUGAACUCGUGAGUGACAGCCAGUGCUACAGGUACAAACAGCAUUUGACAUUCAUUGCAGUGCUGCCCCUGUCUCCCCCAGUAGAAACAAGAUUCUGGGGUUCAUUUUGGUACUGUUGGUCUGGUGGAGCACUGUUUUCUUUUGGAGUGGAACUGUUAAUAUGGAGAAUGAAGAUGCAAGGUGAAAAGAUCACAUCGAGGAAAUUAUUGUCACACAGAGGAAAAUAUUGCAAGCUCCUGAGCCCAGUAGACACAGCCCAGCAUCGUCAGCGUCACGCUUCUGUAGCUGGGCAUCAAGAGCGUUUUGGGACCUGCCUUCCAAUGGACAUCGUUAUUCACAAAAGAAAGGAAGCUGGACACAUGGACCAGAAAGAAGAUGACCUGCUGGUUGCUGUGCCUAAGGAAGCCACAGUUCUUGGGACCAUCCAGAUACUGUGUGCCCUGACGAUUGCAAGCUUUGGGGGCAUUUUUGUGUCAGCUUCCUACUCUUCCUACAUCAACCCAGCAGCCUUCACCACUUUGAUGUUCGGGUACCCAUUUGUUGGAUCCCUAUGUUUUGCCUUUGUUGGAUUUCUCUCGAUAAUCUCCGGGAAAAUCGCAAUCAAACCCUUCGCACUGAGCAGCCUGGCCUCCAAUGCAGCAAGCUCUGUUGUUGCUGCCAUUGGCCUCUUCCUCCUCACCCAUAACCUCAUAGCCCUGGGGACUGCCUCUCCACGUUGCAGUUCAGAAAAGAGAUUUCUGGCCUUACUUCUUUAUUCGGAAUCCCACUAUUGGAUGAAUGAAGACAAGAACUGUCUCCUCGCCUAUGUCAGUGCCAUGAGUGGGCUGGCGUUGAUGCUCAUCUUCACUAUGAUGGAGUUGUUGCUAGCUGCGUACAGUUCUGUCUUUUGGUGGAAGCAAGUCUACUCCAAUAAGCCUGGGAGUACAUAUUUCAUGCCUGAGUCACAAGAUCAACUUGUCAAAAGCAGUUCGUUGAAGCCAUGAGUAGGAAACACAGCAGAAGAAGGAAGAAAACCAGUGCUCAUGGCAGAGCACAGC